GGGGUCUGUCCGUCCCAUGUGUUGAUUGUCGGAUGGAGAGAAGAGGGGCACAGCACAGUGAGUAUGAAAGGACACAGAGCACUACGCAGAGAGAGACUGCAGGCAUGCAGCAACAUGGAGGAGCAUAUAUGUUUAAAGAGGAUGCAGCAGAGAGUGGAUUGAUGAGGUGUAUUAGGCAUCAGGUCUUCAGAUACCCGGGGUUAAAGAUCUGUCAAACAUGUGAUAGGCCAACAUCCCUUGAAACCUUCAUCAUGUGACAUUGCGGUGGAGUUUGUAGACCCUCACCAUGUUCUCUCUGUGGAAUCUGUAUCUUCUUCUCCCCCUCUACUUGCCUCUCUCUUUCCAUGUCAUAGCAUUUACUGGAGAAAAUGUUAAGGAAACACAACAGCCAGAUACAGCAGUGCAGCAUCUAUCAAAGCUCCCACAUAAAUAUAAUGGAUUCGCUUUAGCAGCAAGGAAUCCUAUGUUUAGGACUGAGAAUGUCACAUUUCUGGGUCUACCUGCGAGUUUGCCUUUAUUGUCAUCUGAGGAGUUAGAUAGACAAGGAGUGAUUGGAGAAUAUGAGGAUUUACAGGACAGCGUAGAGAAAUCGAAUGUGUUUCUUAAGGAGAAGGGACAUGUCAUAUCGAGUCCUACAGAAGAUACGACCUCCAAGGAGAGAACACAACCAGUAGGACCAUCACCAGAAGGCGUACCACCUCAGACAUCAAAGUAUCAGCCAGCUGAAACGAGUACUGGAUCUACUUUGCAUUUUACACGGACUGGAGAGAAUCGGCCGAUUUUCCCAGCUUUGAAUAAUGAGAAGAUUGUCCCCCAGUUACCAUUUCUUCUGUCUGGCUCAAUUCCAUCAGGCCACGACUCCACAACAACGGUCUCUGGUGGACCUUGGCCUGGCCUUGAGCGCCCAACUCCAACAGCAGCCACAUGGCGAUGGACCACGGGCCCUGGUAUCAGGCAGAGAGAGACACAAGAGGGGACUGUCCCAGUGACAGAGAGCAAAGAUGGAAUGACUGAUAUUACAGGACUUAAUUUAAACAAAGGAGCGGUCCGAAUAGAAGAAGAUAAAGAUGACCUCAAAGAAGAUAACCCGCCUCUCUCAAACACCAAUGGCACAAUCUGCAAACCUUCAAACCAGUCGUGGACUCCCACCUACCCGGAGGAUUUUACCCCUGACGAGUCCGUGCGCCCCUCUCUGCCUCUUAGCCCUGUGCUGUUUGUCCCUCUGUAUUCGGACUGGAACUCUGCCCUCGCUACAUGGGGAUUUGCAUGGGAAGCACAUGUGUAUGGACUGGGGUCUGUCUUUACCAUAUUCGGCCUAAUCUCUGUAGUUUGCCUUUUAGGCCUGCCCCUGCGAUGUCCUCCGGGAAGCCCCUACUUCACCCUUCUGCACUUGUUCCUCCUAGCAUUUGCCGGGAUCCAAGCUUUCUGUUUGCUCUAUGAUGCUUACAAUCACCAAGAUCGUCUUCUCCCUCUGAGCUCUCUGCUUCUCUCGAAUCUGCCCUUCCCCUGUUUGAUUUCCGCCUUCUCCCUUGCUUUCCUUCUUCUUUCCUUGCGCUCCCGUUCACAUCUUUCACUCCCACUUGCUAACUCCACCUUGUUCACAGCCUUGCCUAAACCUUGCCUGUUACUGUGUAUGUCCCUGUUGUAUUCUGGGGUCUCUCUGGGGUGUGUUGGCUUGCUUCAGUUCUUCCACAGCCUCCCCUUUGCGAUCCUGCUAUUCCCUCAGGGUUUGUUUGUAUGUCUUACUAUCUUUCUCUCUGGCUCCUACCUAAUCUUCUACUGCUUGAUGCAAUUCAACACCAAACACAUCUACAGGCUGAAUGACAACGAAGAGAGUGGAGGAUCUCCUGAAGGGAUGCGACCUGCGAGUUGCCCCUUUGCCAAAGUGGAGGACUGGGGCAGGGCAGCAGGGGCUGGAGUAGGAGCUUCGUUGUGUUUGUUAGGAUGUGGAGGCCUCCAGUUUUAUGGGAUCCUGCAUGCUCUUGGUUUAGGAGGGGUCGAUGGCUAUGGGUUCCAGCCCUGGCCUUGGUGGGGUUACCAGGUAGGCUGCAGACUCUGUGAGGUUGGGGUGUGUCUGGGCUUGUCAAUUAUUGGUUCACACCCUAUAUUCUGUCACAGUAACUCCUCUAUCAAGACUAUAACUCGUCCCCGGCCAGGGUCUUGGUCCCGCCUCUCCUGCAGCUCCCCUUCACGAGGGCUCACCCUGCCCUCUCAGGGACAUGCAGAUUUGCCUAUCCUCUCCUCUCACGAUACUUGGUCCCAAGGUAAGCAAGAAAAGCUGGUGGUCUGUGAUGUUUCCACAAAAGGACAGUCAGAGGCACUUCCUCUUUUCUCAAUGCUGGAUUCUACUGGAAAUGGGCUAGUCUCCAAGUCCAGACAAACCCAGAUCACCAUACUGCCGCUCCCUACACCCCCAACCCCACCGCACAAGCAUAAAAAUGCAGUUGAGUCCCAGCUAUCAUCACUGGAUCGCCUGGAACUGGAUGCAGACACUACACUGGAUCUGCGGCCCCCUUCUCCCAUAGACCUGUCCCGCAGCAUUGACCAGGCUCUGUUCAGUGAAUCCAUAUUCUCUCACAGUAUCUUUGGUUUGCCAGGACUCUAUCACGCUUCUUCCAGCCUCUCUUUGAGCUCUCCUAGCCAAGAUGCGUCUAACCAAGGGCCUAGCUCUGUGGAAAAUGCCCUCUACCGAACCUCUUCCUGUGGUGAUGCGGAUCAAGAGAAUGCCCUAUCCAGAUCAGGGGCUUCCCAGGCACAAAGCUCUUUGACAUCUCACUGCAAGCAAACAAUAUCACCAGAGCAAUGGGACUGGAAAGAAAGCGUCUCUGGUUCAACCCAGGGUCUGUGCAGCAAUCCCAAAGAGAACGGAAAACUACGCUUGCACUCCUGGGCAAACAGGGGUCAGAACUUUGCUCAGAGCAGCCUCCCACAAGCAAUUCCCCACCUGUCUUACUACAGGCACUACCGAACCCUGAGCUUAGCCUCCCAGGACAGUCGUGGAUCAGGACAACUGGCAGAGACUAAACACCUGAGUGAAAGCAAACAGCUUGAAUGGGAUAUGGCUGUUCAGGCAGAGUUUGUCAACGUGUGCAGACAAAUUGACACUCUGAGUGUUUGCAGUGACACCAUUGAAUUAUAAAUGUCCAGUUCGGAUUUAAAUGCACUUGACAUUGUACAGAAAAAGCAGACCCUGAUAUUGUUAGAUUAAGUAAUUCAAUUGUAAAUCAUAUAAGUUAUACGGAUGGAAAUAUCUACCUUAACUGGGGAAUAUUGAUAUGGACAUUAUUAUGUAGAUCUAAUUUAUUUUGUAUAAAUACUGUACUGUUGAUAUGAUAUUCAAAAUGUGAUUGUAAAGGUUGUCUUUAUCAGCUUGUGGUAUUUUAACUGAAAUUGUCAUUCCAUUCACACGUUCAUGAAUGUCAAUAUAUUGCUCAAGACUGCAAAUGCUUUGCUUUCAUCUAAAGCAGGAGUUUUAAUAUUUAUAUAACUGACAUGUUGAGGUUUUUUUUUUUUUUUUUAAAGGGAUAAACAGGUAAAGGAAAGCCUUCUUUAAUAGAGAGAACAGACAAUAUUGAAUCAAACAAAGGCUCGUUCUACACCAUUAAUCUACUGUUCUGUUUUCAAUAGUGAAUAGUGAGACAUUUUACAAAUAUUGAGAUACGCUUCUUUGACUUCUAACCCUAAAGGUAGACAAAUACAAAUAUAAUUGAGUGCCAGAUGUGUUUGAAGCAUAAUAUUUUGCCAACACAUGAUCAGUAUCUAGCUGUUUAUUGAGUUGUGUACAGAGUGGGCAAACAUUAACUACUAUGAGCAAACAUUUUUGGCAUGUAGUUCAUUCAUAAAAUUGAUUAUUAUGUGUUUCAGCGUGAUGUAAUACAUUUGGAAAUUCAAAACAAAGUCAUAUACAGGAUGAGUUUUCUUCCAUGUUUUUCCUGCUUGGCCAACAAUGUCAGAAUUAUCUUUUUAAAAGAUACAUGUAAAGAAUGUUGUAGCACCUACAGUGAUAUGCAAUAAUCUGAGGUUUUUUUAAUCUACCGGAGGGAGGCAAACACUGGGCCCACAGUUAAUGUGAGAGGCUUGAAUUUAAAAUUGAAGUAGUAACAUUUUGAAAAUAGUGUUAUCUAGUGGUAACAACACAUUUCACUUGUUAGUCAAAUAAGUCAAAUGUGGGAUUUUCUCGAGAUAUAAGAGAGAAAAUAAAACAAUAUGAAUAUGA